AUGGAUGAAGAUCAGCCGCGUGCACCAAUAACAGAUCUUCCAAACUGGAUGAUGCCACAAGGAAAGCAAAAAAGAUAUAAACAUACAAAAAAUAAAUUUAUUCGGACGUCCUACGCGAAAACGGUUCAUGAACGAAAACAAAUAACUUUGCAACCAUUAAUGUCUGUUAAUCCGUACGACGUUCUACGACCACUGGACGACUUCGAAAUGGACGAAAUGGAUAAUAUUACCGGUCCACCAACAGAGGCCAGAAAAGCUCGACUUCCAAAACGAAACUCACCGCCUCAUCGAUCAUUACGACCGCAAAUUAAUAACUAUAGUCAUCGAAGAACACAAUCAACGCGCAAUAUUGAAAAACAAUCAAAUGGAAAUAAUACUAGGCAAGUACAAAAUAUUAAUAACAGCAUCGACCUGAUUUUGCCUAAAAAUUUUAUACGAGAAAUUUCUUCGCAACAAAGUGCAGAAAUUUUCCUAAAUGUUGAGCCAGAAUUUUUAAUUGACAUCAAAAAAUUACAAUUUCUUUCCGAGUAUUUUGAAUUACAGGCUGAUUUGUGGGGCGAGUACGCUCGUGCAGCUAGUCCUUUAGAAGACCCAGAUGAGUGCAUUGAUGGAGAUGAUGCUGUGAUGCAUAAUAACAAUGAUGGCAGACUCAUAAUAGACCAUUCACUGGGGAAGUUCCCAAUUAUUGUCAAUGAAGUCUAA